GUGAAUUUUCCGCACUCUUUUGAGUUUCACGUGAUAGACAACUUAUUGUCGUACUUUCUUGUUUGAUAGUUGCAUUAACGAAUUUUACUUAAUCUACGAGAUUGCUAUCACAAACGAACUUGACAAUCACUCCAUUUCCCUUAAAUUUAACCUUGUCCACAAGGUUUGGAGAGAAAUGAAAAACUACUCUCCAUUGGCACGGGAGCAUUCCAAACUGAAAAUAAACAUCAGAAUCAUUUCCCACUAAUUUCAAUGGUCUUGGCUUCCAAUGCAAAACUCCUAAUCCCACAGAUUCAUCAUCACUAUAUUGUUGGGACUCAUCAUAAACUUUUUUGAGAAUCAGGAGACCAUCAGCAUCCUGGAAUAGAAUUUCCAUGUUCUCAAUGAUGAAGAUGAAGCCACUAACACUGGAAACCUUCAUUUUACUCCAUUGCACACAAAGUUUCUUGGACCAAAAAGUUUUUAUUUCAACUUCUUCACCAUCAUGAGCUAACCAGCUGUGAAAGGAGAUUCUCUCUCUAUAAAACUAUCUCCCCUGACUCCCUUCAUCACUGCAGUUAAAUAAGUUGCGCCGAUUCCAGGAUCAUACACCCAAACACUUGGCUCAACAUUUACAGUGGAAACAAAUCCCAUAGAAGCACUACACUGAACUUCAAUUCCAUUUCCAAGUUCAACCACAACAGACAGAAGUUCCUUAACCAUAAAUUCCAAAUUCAUUGGACCAUCUUCUUUACUCAAGCUCCCAGUGUCAUCAAAAGUAUCACUGAACAUUACACAUUUUUCUUUCUUAAGUUUUCAAAUAGAACUUGUCCAUCAUCAAAACAUACUAUUCCCUUAAUACUAAGAAAUUCAUUUCUCAAGCUCUCUUUAGGGACAAUAUUAUCUUCAGCAUAAGCAGUCAAAUCAAUAUCAAUUCCCCCAACAUCAUCUUUAACCUUUUUAAGGACCACUGAAUCAUGAACCGAAUUAUAGAUUGUCACAUGAAUGUAAUUAAAAUUCCCCAACCAAAAUUCAGCCUCAGACUUCUCAAGAUCACCGUAGUGCACAAAUUCAUCAUCAGAUUGCACCUUUAUGUUAUCCACAAGCAUAGAUCAAUGAACAUUCCCAAUUGAGUUGUCAACGAUUUUCUUGGCAUCAUAAACCUCAAAGUCAACAGAGACGUCAUGGACAAUACAACAAUCACCAGGCUUAAGACAGCCACAUUCAUCAUUAUUAAUAUCUAUUGACAACAUAUCAUCAUGUUCAGCUUUAACAUAAGGAGAGUCACCACCAAAACACACCAAUUCAUAUGAAUUUUGAAAAGAAACGUUAUUACCUCCUCCCGGUUUCACUGUUUCAGAAAGUGACGAAUUAAACUUGUGGACUGAUAGAAUUCCUUUUCAGUGUUGCUACCAUCAGCUUCCAUUACCUCAUUUAGUUCUUCUUCGUCAGAAAAUUGAAGGAAAAACUCUUGUUUCUUUUCGAACCUUCGAAUGAGCUCAGAAAUCACUCCAAGACUGAGGCGGUUUGGUCAAUUGCAAAGCCAUGAACCAAAUCUCUGCACGAUCCUGUAGGAAUGAAGCCACCAUGUUAUCUUCUCCGAUUCUUUAAUUCGAAACAAGACGAAGAAAUUAUUGCAGUUAUUCAGCCAAUCCUGGGGUUGUCGUCAUAAUCGCCAUAAAAGAAGGUUAACUGCACCGUUUGGGCAUCUCCGUCAAGAGUCGAAGAUUUAUCCGAUGGAAAUUCCUCAAGAUGAACAGGCGAAUUGUCCUUUGGGAAAAUCCUACUUGUAGCCGGACAAUUGGGAUCCGGUUGAAGUUAACAUCUUCAAUUGAGCACUGAUUUCUUCCAAUUGAGUAUUGAUUUCUUCCAUUCGAACCUUCUGUCUUGAAGCGAAGGCUCGUAUCUCCGACAACUCCGCCAAUCGAUUCAACCCGAGCUGCUCCUGCCGGUGAAAUUCAUCCCCUACAUUUGCCGGAUAUUGGUAGUCGCCAUCAUUCCCAGCCAAGAAUCGGAAGCUCUGAUUACCAAGUUGUCAGAAACGGGAUUUAGAGUUCCCUUCGACAAAGAGGAAGGAGAAUUAGAAAGAGGAGGAGAAUAGCAAAACUCAUACAUUUUCUUCGAUUACUGUUCAACGUCCUUAACCGGCUGUUUCUAAUAACUAUUAGUACAUAAUUGCUACGAAAGCCCUUAUUCAUUUAGCUAAUUCUAUUAUAGCCCUUCAAUUCAUGACCGCCGAUUAUCCUAACUUAGCCCAAAAAAAUGGUUUCUUUUCUUUAAAUCAAACAAAGAGUAUUGGGCUUUCUUAUUUUUAAAAAGCAUGAUAAGCCCAGUACCACUUUAAUAAAAUGACCCCCAGUCUUAAUUCGGUCUUUCUAGUCUUCUUCCCCAAUCCCGGCCAGCAGGAAAUAACUCUUUCCGCCACUGACUCCCAGCAUAUAACCAAGACUCCGUUGCUUUCUUCUUCUCCUUUUUCAUCUCUGUUCUUCUCCCCCUUCUCCUUUGAUUUUUUUUCUUUUUUCCAGUCCGUCCAAUUUACUCGAACGGAUCUCGAAUUUAGUCAAGGAGCCCGGUACAUAUUCCGUGUCGGUAUCGUGUCCGACAUUGUCGUGUCGGAGCGAGUCCAGGUUACGCAAUGGAAUUAGGAGGCAAUUCCUUGCCAUCGGGACCAGAUGGGGUGAAGAGGAAAGUAACCUACUUCUAUGAUGCUGAAAUUGGGAACUAUUAUUAUGGUCAAGGCCACCCGAUGAAACCCCACAGAAUUCGGAUGACCCAUGCUCUUCUUGCACACUAUGGAUUGCUGCAACAUAUGUCCGUAAUGAAGCCAAACCCGGCUAGAGACAAAGAUCUUUCCAAGUUCCAUGCAGAUGAUUAUGUUAACUUUCUGCGUAGCAUUACUCCAGAAACUCAGCAAGAUCAGCUUAGACAAUUGAAGAGAUUUAAUGUUGGUGAAGAUUGCCCUGUCUUUGAUGGUCUGUACUCCUUCUGCACAGCAUAUGCUGGUGGCUCUGUUGGUGGAGCUGUGAAGUUGAAUCAUGGACAAUGUGAUAUUGCUAUAAAUUGGGCCGGUGGGUUACAUCAUGCUAAGAAAUGCGAAGCCUCUGGUUUCUGCUACGUGAAUGAUAUAGUGUUGGCCAUUCUAGAACUACUCAAAGUGCAUGAGCGUGUUCUCUAUGUGGAUAUUGAUAUUCAUCACGGUGAUGGUGUUGAGGAGGCCUUUUAUACUACAGAUAGGGUAAUGACCGUGUCGUUUCAUAAAUUUGGGGACUACUUCCCUGGUACAGGAGAUCUUCGAGAUGUUGGAUUUGGAAAGGGAAAAUAUUACUCACUUAAUGUGCCCCUUGAUGAUGGAAUUGAUGAUGAAAGCUAUCAAUCUUUGUUUAAGCCAAUAAUGGGAAAAGUUAUGGAGGUUUAUAGGCCUGGGGCAGUAGUAUUGCAGUGUGGUGCCGAUUCUCUAUCUGGAGACAGGCUAGGCUGCUUCAAUUUGUCAAUUAAAGGUCAUGCUGAGUGUGUAAGAUAUAUGAGAUCUUUCAAUGUUCCACUAUUGUUGUUGGGAGGAGGUGGUUACACAAUUCGCAAUGUCGCGCGUUGUUGGUGCUAUGAGACUGGUGUGGCUCUUGGGAUGGAGCUUGAGGAUAAGAUGCCACAGCAUGAAUAUUUUGAAUAUUUUGGUCCAGACUACAAUCUUCACGUUGCACCCAGCAACAUGGAAAACAAGAAUUCUCGUCAGAUUUUGGAAGAUAUAAGAGCAAAGCUUCUUGAUAAUCUCUCAAAACUUCAGCAUGCCCCUAGUGUGCAGUUCCAGGAGCGGCCACCUGAUACUGAACUUCCUGAGGCGGACGAAGAUCGUGAAGAUGCUGAUGAAAGAUGGGAUCCUGAUAAUGAUGUUAUGGAUGCAGAUGAUCGUGCUCCCACGGCUGGUGGUGUGAAGAGAGAGUUUGUUGAGCCUGAUUCUAAAGAUGUGGAUGAUAUGGAAGAAGACGAACGCCCAAGAGAACUGGACUCAAUGGUCACAGACACAGCUGGCUUGAAGGAAUCAAAUUCAGCGCCGGUUGCUGUUGAUGAACCGAGUGUUAAGUUGGAACCUGGAAGCUCUAGCAAGCAGCCAUUUGAUAUGCCUGUUGAUAUGAAUCCAUGAGCUCUUGCAGUGCAGGUUUCAGGUGUCAUAUCAUCAGUGUGUAUAAAUGUAGUCACAAAUCUGUUUUUGGCUGGUGACUUUAACAUUUUGUAGUUACAAACUUAAUUAUAUUAUGUAAACUGAGCUAUCUGGUCGUAAUACUAUAAUCUUUCAGGGGAAAGACAACGAAAUUCAUGUUCCCGUUUAUUACUUUUUGAUUAAGAGGAAACUUUAAAAGGUAUGAGUAAAUGACAUGAAGCAUUCACCUCGUUUGAUUGUAAUUUUUACUUUUUUUAGUUUAGUUUUCCUUGUUAUAUAUAUAUUUUUUAUUUUUUUUUUUUUUUUUUAUACCUUUUCUGUGUAGUGUCUGUACCUUUUUAAAGUUACGGGUGCAGAUGAGUUUUAACUGAAGUAACAUAUAAUAGCUUGUCACAUUGAGAAUCAUGUUUAAGGGAACUGCUUGUGAUGAUUCCAAUUUGCUUUUAUCACUCUCUAAUACUAGUUCGUAUUCUAUUCUUCGCCUGGUGAUGAUUAGACCUAGAUUUGUAAAUUCCACUUUCGGCGUAUUUGGGAUCUAUAUCAUUUGGCAGUACAAACCCUUUUCCUUCCCUGGCCGUAGAAUUGAACUAUGAAUGAGAUAUUUGCUGCCUUAAGUAUCCUACCUAAUUACUAUAUUAGUUUAUGCUCC